AUGUCACAAGAACAGUAUACAGAAAAUUUGAAGGUUAUUGUUGCUGAGCAACUAAAAGGUGUAAACAAUUUUACAGAAGAUGUUAAUUAUGUUGCAGAAUAUAUUGUACUAUUGAUUGUCAAUGGUGGUGAUGUCGAAUCGAUAGUGAAAGAAUUAUCUACGCUGUUCGAUGCUAUCCCAGUCGAGGUGUUAACUGAUAUUGUUCAAACAGACUUUUUUGCACUUGAAGCUCUACAACAAGGUGAAACAGUAGAAAGCAUUGUUUCCAAGAUUAGAGAGUUAAAUGCCAUUCAACAACAACAAGUGCAACAACAACAAGAACCAGCACAACAGCCUAUGUCACACAUUCAAUCAGAUCAACCAAAACCUGUUCAACAAGAAAUCAACCAACCUGAAACAACGACUGAACAACAACCACAAGUUGUUUCAGCUUUCUCAAAUGUUAUCUCUACAGAAAAGGCCAACGACUCUAAUGAUGUAGCUAUGGGUAAUGAUGAAAUAACUCCAACAAACUAUCAACCCCGUUUUUCCUCACGUGGCCGUGGUAGUGGUAGCGUAGGUAAAUCUCGUAGAGGUGGCCGAGGUAGUGCACCUCGUGGAAACCGUUCUUACGGUCAUAAUAACAAUACUGGCAGAUUUAAUCCAUUAGCUAAAGCCUUAGGUAUGACAUUAGGGAAUGGUCCUGACAAAAAUAAUAAACAUAACUUGAAUUUCGUUGCUACUAAAAAGGAGGGCCGUUGUAAAUUGUUUCCUCACUGUCCGUUAGGUAAAUCCUGCCCACAUGCACAUCCUACAAAAGUUUGUAAUGAGUAUCCAAAUUGUCCAAAACCACCUGGAACAUGUGAAUUCCUACAUCCAAAUGAAGAUGAAGAAUUAAUGAAAGAUAUAGAAAGAACUCGUGAAGAAUUCCAAAAAAGGAAGGCUGCUUUAUUAGCUGCUAGACAAAAGCCCGUUCAAACAGGAUUAGUCAUUUGCAAAUUUGGUAUCUUGUGUUCCAAUCCAUUGUGUCCGUUUGGUCAUCCAACUCCAGCCAAUGAAGAUGCGAAAGUUAUUGACUUGGCUUGGUGUCCAAACAAUUUAAAAUGUGAAGAUAAAGAAUGUAGAAAGGCACACUCAUCUCUUUCCAAGAUUAGACAAGUGGCGCCAAUGGGCCGUCCUGUUGGAGUUAAUGGGGUCGGCUCCACCACUACUCCUAAACCACCUAUUGAAAAGUCUUUAGAACAGUGCAAAUAUGGUCCUCGUUGCACCAACAAACGUUGUAAGUAUAGACACGCCCGUACACCAAUUAUGUGUCGUGAUGGUGCCAACUGUACUAGAAUUGAUUGUAUUUUUGGUCAUCCAAUUAAUGAAGAUUGUAGAUUUGGUGUCUCAUGCAAAAACCCAACAUGUUUAUUUAGACAUCCAGAGGGAAGAACACAACCAAUGCAAAAUCCAACUACUGAUCCAGCUGCUACUUCAUUUAUUCCACAACAACAAGUUCCAACAAAUGAAAGAUUAUUUGCACUUCCAGAAGGUGCACAUAUCGAACAAGCACCUCCACAGCAACCAGAAGUACAGCAAAUACAGCAACAAGCAUACCAGCCACCAUUUCUUUCUCAAGGCCAAGGCGAUACUGAAAUGAGUUGA